AUGGAUAACGUGUUUAAUGCGGCCGUGAGUAUUGCUUUACCAACCAACCAACAGGAAUUCAAUGUCACUUCGAGCAAUCUUCAGUGGGUCAUAUCUGCAUACACGCUGACAUUCGUCUUGUGUACCGGCCUCCUCUGGCUGUCCAUAUGGACGAUUGCGGUCGGGGUUGGGGAGACUUUCAACCAACUGGCGAUCUUUCGUGCGUUUCAAGGAAUCGGAGCUGCCAUGACUGUCCCGUCGUCACUUGGGAUCAUCGGUUCUUAUUACGUCGGUAAGGACCAGUCGCGAGCUUUGUCAGUCUUUGCGUCCUGUGGCGCGCUGGGCUUUUGCGGAGGCCUCAUCUUUGGAUUCUUCGUUCUCCCGAAGGAUCGAAAAGAGGGCGGUGCACGCCCACGAUUAGACUACAUGGGAGCAGCCCUGUCUACCGCUGGACUUGUAUUGCUCUCGUUUGUACUUUCCAGUGGGGGUGUGCAGGGGUGGAAUAGAGGUUUCAUUAUUGGCUUAUUGGUCACUUCUGUUGUUCUUCUCAUUGGCUUCGUUUUCGUGGAGAAGAAGGUGAGCAAUCCGAUCAUGCCGUUGUCUUUGUGGAAGCUGCCACAUUUUCCUCUGUUAUGGCUUUCAGCUUUUGCUGUUUAUGGCAGUUACCAAACUACCCUGUACUACGCAGUCCUCGCUGCGCAGCGGGUCAGCCAUCUCUCUGCAAAGCAAACUGCGGUCUGCUUUCCCCCUAUGGGAGGCUGCGGCCUCAUUCUCACUAUGCUCUUGGGAUAUCUGAUCGAUAUAGUCAGUCCCAGAAUGCUGCUAUUUUUUGGAAUGUCGAUGGCUGUAGUGGCUCCUAUACCGACAAGUGUGGGCAUGCAUGAGAAUAUGUCCUUUUGGACAGGCCUUUUGCCAACUUCAAUCCUUGGAAUUGCUGGCAUUUCCCUUUCAUGGGUAACAGUAUCUACAGUCAUGCUUUCACUGGUCCCUGUGAAUGUAAAAAGCUUUUGCGGUGGCAUGAUCAAUACCGCGUUUCAAUUUGGAGCUGCGGUCGCUCUCGCUAUAGCGGCAGCCGUAACACAAGAACUGGACAUUAAGCAUGGCCAUGGAGUUGUGCAAGAGUAUCGGACGGGUCUCUGGUGUUCAGCGGUCACUGCUGGAGUUGGGCUAUUGUUUUCGGUUCUUAGCCUUCUGGGACCUGUGAUGAAGUGGCUCCGGCAGCUCAAUUAG